AGUGCAUGUGCAUAGCAAAGCUAGUCAGGGCGGAGGAUGCAGGGUGUGCGCAGGGAGAGGAGAGGGGGACCCGUUCGACAGUCAGCUGUGCAAAGUGUCAUGUUGUCGAACCGUUUGCCGUUCGGUGCCGUGUCGUGAGAAGUGUCCUAAAUUGCCUCCCCAUUGAUUUUACGGAAUUUGGCUCUUAAGUUUUUCUAAAAAUGAAAAUUUAAACUCUUAUUCGCAUCAAAACAUUAAAAUAUAUAAUCAGUGUUGGAAAGGAGAUGUGAAUCACUCCGUGGUGGUCAUGGCGACGCUCAUCCAAGAGAAUGGUAUUAAAGAGCUGAGCAAGGGCACCCACGGGGUAGUGGCAAACCAUGGCAUAUCCACACACAGUGUCCCAACACAUAUGGUGCCAGACCAUGAAUAUUGCGAGACGACCGCACAGACUCCGUCUCAGCGACAGGCUAUCACUGAGCUUGCACCGACACAGCCCGCCGUUGAUGAAGAAGAGGAGACUCCAGAAAUUGAUAUCAUGAUAAACAAUGUCGUGUGCAGUUUUAGUGUUAAGUGCCACUUGAACUUGAGACAGAUUGCAUUGAAUGGUGUUAAUGUAGAAUUUCGACGUGAGAAUGGAAUGGUAACGAUGAAGUUACGCCGGCCGUACACGACGGCUUCGAUUUGGUCGUCAGGACGCGUGACGUGCACGGGCGCCACCAGUGAAGAUCAAGCCAAGAUUGCUGCUCGACGUUAUGCACGCGCCUUACAGAAACUCGGCUUUGAAGUGCGCUUCCGCAACUUUCGUGUAGUCAAUGUAUUAGGAACAUGUAGAAUGCCAUUUGGCAUACGGAUCAUAUCUUUCUCCAAAAAAUACAAGGAAGCAGACUAUGAACCAGAACUGCACCCUGGCGUAACCUAUAAACUGUACAAUCCUAAAGCGACACUAAAGAUAUUCUCCACUGGUGGUGUGACUAUCACAGCCCGCAGCGUGAACGACGUGCAGUCCGCGGUGGAGCGCAUCUUCCCGCUCGUGCACGAGUUCCGCAAGCCGCGCUCGCCCGCCGACGAGGAGGCGCUGCGACAGAAGCGAGCGGCGCGACAGGCCCCGCCCCCCGCCGCGCCGCGCCCCGUCCCGCCCCGCGCCGCCCCCGCUGACGCCCUCAAUCUCGUCACGCUCUCGGACGACGAGGGCGCCGCCGCCUGGGAGUGACGCGCCCUCCGUUUGGCAUCCAACCGAUGACUGACGGUUGAUAGUGUUAUCGCGUGUGACUUGUCGGCGACCUGUUCGGUUCAUGCCAAAGAUAUUUAUUAGGGAGACGCUUCGCGCUCGGCCGGGCCCCGCCCGCGCUUCUUCGCUCUUCGUCUUCGCGAAUUUAUCGUUUGUCGCUCCCGUCACCUCUAUAGUGUACGUAGAUGGAAAUCUUAUCGUUUGCGUCGAAACCAAAAUGAUGAUUGUUCGUUAACUAAUAUUGAUGUUCGUGAAAUAAAUCUCGAUGAGGAUACUCAGUCUCGUUUUUAAUUUGCCGCUGUGAAGAUUUUGUAGUGAUUUUAGUGUUCUAUGGAAUUUGUUUAGAGAAUGAGGACUGAAUGAUUAGACAAUAGUCAAUUGUAAAUACUGAAAGCUUGGACAUUAUAUGUUUAAAUAA